AUGUCUGACGAGCCGACCACCAGCGGUCAAUCCGCGCCUGCCGCGACUGAGGAGGUGGAGAAGAGGGUUGAAGGAACCUCGCCUGCUGCUGAAGCUUCUGAGGCCCCCGCGACUGCUGCCAGCGACGCGAAACCAUCCGAGUCUGAGGUAGCUGCCAAGGAGACCACCGAGGAUGCGCAGAAGGAGGACUCCAAGAACCAGGAUCCAGCUGAGACCAAAGACGCGGAAUCAUCCGGCAAGACAGACGAACCAUCCAAGGACGAGGACGCGGACGUCGAGAUGAAGGACGCGACAGAUGGAGCUGAGGCGAAAGAGGCGUCUGAUCCUGUUGCCGAUGAUGCUGAGCAAGCGCCUGCUGCUGACGCCGACGCCGCUGAUGCGACAGCUGAUAAGUCCAAGUCGCGUCGGAGAUCGUCCGGUAUUCCGGAACAUAAGGGCAAGAAGCUUAGCAAGAAGGCAUCGAAGGCGAAGUUCUUCAACACCAAUGCGCAACCCGGCGAUCACUUCCUCGUCAAGCUCAAGGGAUACCCUCAAUGGCCCGUCAUUGUCUGCGACGAGGAAAUGCUCCCCGAGACCCUGCUCAAGAGUCGUCCCGUUACGGCGAAGCGUGCCGACGGCACGUAUCGCGAAGACUUUGCCGAUGGUGGCAAGCGUCAAAAUGACCGCACAUUUCCCGUCAUGUACCUCCGGACGAACGAAUUCGGUUGGGUACCAAACUCUGCUCUCCAGGAGCUGAACUCCGAAAAGGCGACCGAGCUCCUCACCGACAAAGUCAAGAAGGUCGAGCUGCGCGAUGCCUUCGAGCUCGCUAUCGAGCAACACCCCCUUGAUUACUACAAGGACGAGCUUCAGAAAUACCAAGAUGAAGUAGCUCAGAAGCAGGCCGCCAAGGAUGCUAGAGAGGCCGCAAAGAAGAACAAGAAGAAGACUCCUGCGGUCAUUUCGGACGAUGAUGUCGACAUGGCUGAUGCUGCGGACGAGGAGGAGGUCCCCGAACCCAAGGAGAAGACCAAGUCCAAGAAGAGAAAGGCGGACGAAGAAGCCGUUAGCACCCCGGCACGGACUGAUUCUGCCAAGAAGCCCAAGAUCAAGCUGAACACAUCCUCCACUCCUAAGACGACAAACGGAACAGCUACACCAAAGUCGGCUAAAGAGUCAGCCGCUAAGCCUGCGAAGUCCAAAUCGUCAAAGAAGGAGGGUGCUGAGAAGAAGGCGGAGAAGGAAGUUCCUAAGGAGCCUGAGCUUACCGCUGAAGAGAAGCACCAACGCAAGGAGGCAAGUCAAGAUGAUGACAAGGCUCGCAGCCCAGAGCCGAAGGAGGAAGAGAUGAAGAUGAUGUCAGACUACAUUACUAAGCUUGAGAGCUUCCCGGACCUUGAGGUCUCGAUCAUCCGGGCGACCAAGAUCAACAAGGUCCUCAAGGCUAUUCUCAAGCUUGAUUCCAUCCCCAAAGAGGAGGAGUUCAACUUCAAGAGUCGUUCGCAGACGCUCCUUGACAAGUGGACCAAGAUUCUCAGUGGUGGUGAUGCCGCUGCUGCGUCCGCAACUCCGGCCCCCACCAAUGGUGUCAAUGGCACCUCCGGAAAGACGGAGGAGAAGAAGGAGACUUCUGCCGCUCCCAACGGUACUAAAGAGGAGAGCAAGGAAGCUGAAAAGUCCGAGGAGUCUGAGAAGCAGGCCGAAAAGGAGGCAAGUGCGAAGAAGUCCGAGGAGCCUGAAAAGGCAGAAGAAAAGCCCGAAAAGGCCGAGAAGCCCGCUGAAGAGCCCAGUGAGAAGGAGGCAUCUGCGGCCCCGGAAACGGAUGAGGCUAAGGCUUAG